UGUCCGUACUCCGUUGCCUCAUAAUUCAAAAACAGUAUUGUUUUGCGUUGGUAUUAGUGUGGUUGCUAGGUGUUUGUUUGGCAUAUCUUACUUCUUAUUUACUGGAAAACAAAACAAAAAGAUGGCUUCCCUAGCAGCAGCACAGGUACAAGAGGUACGCUCAAUAACUCGAAUAGAAAGAAUUGGCGCGCAUUCCCAUAUACGUGGCUUAGGUCUUGAUGAUGCCUUGGAGCCACGAGCAGUGUCACAGGGUAUGGUGGGGCAGAAGAUGGCAAGGAAGGCAGCUGGAGUCAUUCUACAAAUGAUACGAGAAGGUAAAAUAGCAGGCAGGGCAGUGUUAUUAGCUGGACAGCCAGGCACUGGCAAGACUGCCAUUGCAAUGGGAUUGGCACAAGCUUUAGGACCUGACACACCAUUCACCAGCAUGGCAGGAUCUGAAAUAUAUUCAUUGGAAAUGAGUAAGACUGAAGCAUUAACUCAAGCCAUCAGGAAGUCCAUUGGAAUAAGAAUAAAAGAAGAAUCAGAGAUAAUAGAAGGAGAAGUGGUAGAAGUAGUGGUGGAAAGGGCAGCAGGUGGGGGUGGAGCCAGAACUGGUCGUCUCACUUUAAAGACAACUGAUAUGGAGACUAAUUAUGAUAUGGGAACUAAGAUGAUCGACUCACUGCUUAAAGAGAAGGUGCAAGCAGGGGAUGUAAUUACCAUAGACAAAGCAACGGGAAAGAUAAACAAACUCGGCAGAAGUUUUGCAAGAGCCAGAGACUAUGAUGCUACAGGUCAACAAGCCCGUUUCGUUCAAUGUCCCGAAGGAGAACUUCAGAAGCGUAAAGAAGUAGUCCACACCGUCACAUUGCAUGAAGUAGAUGUCAUCAACUCGAGGACACAUGGAUUUCUAGCUUUAUUCUCUGGUGACACUGGUGAAAUUAAGUCAGAAAUAAGGGAGCAGAUUAAUAGCAAAGUGGCCGAGUGGAGGGAGGAGGGGAAGGCAGAAAUGAUUCCUGGAGUAUUGUUUAUAGAUGAGGCACACAUGCUGGAUAUAGAAUGUUUUUCAUUCCUCAACCGAGCUCUUGAAUCUGAAAGUGCUCCAGUGGUAAUAAUGGCAACUAACCGCGGGAUAACCCGAAUCCGAGGGACAAAUUAUAAAAGUCCACAUGGAAUACCGUUGGACCUUCUGGAUAGAAUGAUCAUAGUCCCCACAGCACCUUACUCGGCCCAGGAAUUAAAAGAAAUACUUAAUAUUAGGUGUGAAGAGGAAGACUGUCAGAUGUCAAACGACGCGUUGACAGUGUUGACGCGUGUCGCCACAGAGACCUCACUCCGCUAUGCGAUACAGCUUAUCACUACUGCAUCGCUUGUUGCUAAACGGAGGAAGGCCACCGAAGUAAGCAUGGAGGAUGUGAAGAAGGUGUAUUCUUUAUUCCUUGAUGAGCAUCGGUCUGAGCAGUUCCUUAAGGAAUAUCAGGAUGAGUUUAUGUUUAGCGAUGUAUCUGGAUCUGGUGAUGGACCACAAUUGAUGGAAGUGUCUCAGUAAUUAUCUAAUGUGAAAAAUUUUAAUUGUAAAAGGACAUUUUGUUUAAGUUACUAUAAGAAGUUAGCUUUAUGUUUUGUUACUAAUUAAAUACUAUAUCAUAAGA